UGGGAGUCGGGGAAGGAGGAGGGGUUUGGGCGGGUGUCACUCCACCCCUUUGACGGAUACGCACCGGCCUUAGGACCCGGCGCAGCACGGCAUGAAGCUUGGAAGCGGGCUAGGGGAGGCCGUCGCUCAUAUCUGACGUCACCAGCUCGCGCCGGCGGUAGGUGAGGACGCCAACAGCAGCCGAGAAACGUUUCUCUUUCCUCUCAGCUUGCGCACACGAUGGCGGCCCCCGCCCAGUCGACUACGCAGCCUGGCGGCGGGAAGCGCAAAGGCAAGGCUCAGUAUGUGCUGGCCAAGCGCGCUCGGCGCUGCGACGCUGGCGGGCCCCGUCAGCUAGAGCCCGGGCUACAGGGCAUCCUCAUCACCUGCAACAUGAAUGAGCGCAAGUGCGUGGAAGAGGCCUACAGCCUGCUCAACGAAUACGGCGACGACAUGUAUGGGCCAGAAAAGUUUACAGACAAGGAUCAGCAGCCCUCUGGAAGUGAGGGAGAGGAUGAUGAUGUGGAGGCUGCCUUGAAGAAAGAAGUUGGUGACAUUAAGGCAUCUACAGAGUUGAGGCUAAGAAGAUUCCAGUCAGUGGAAAGUGGAGCAAAUAACGUCGUCUUCAUCAGGACACUUGGGAUAGAACCUGAGAAAUUGGUGCAUCAUAUUCUCCAGGAUAUGUACAAAACCAAGAAGAAGAAGACUCGAGUUAUUCUACGAAUGUUACCCAUCUCAGGCACAUGCAAGGCUUUUUUAGAAGAUAUGAAAAAAUAUGCACAAACAUUUUUGGAACCCUGGUUUAAAACUCCUAACAAAGGGACAUUUCAGAUUGUGUACAAAUCUCGAAAUAACAGUCAUGUGAAUAGAGAAGAAGUUAUCAGAGAAUUGGCAGGAAUAGUGUGCACCCUCAAUUCAGAAAAUAAAGUGGAUCUCACCAAUCCACAGUACACGGUGGUAGUAGAAAUCAUCAAAGCUGUCUGUUGCCUGAGUGUUGUGAAAGAUUACAUGUUGUUUAGAAAAUACAAUCUCCAGGAGGUGGUGAAGAGCCCUAAGGAUCCAUCACAGCUUAACUCAAAGCAGGGAAAUGGGAAAGAAGCUAAAUUGGAAUCUGCUGACAAAUCAGACCAAAACAACACAGCAGAAGGAAAAAAUAACCAGCAGGUACCGGAGAAUACUGAGGAGCUGGGGCAGACAAAACCAACGUCUAAUCCGCAGGUGGUAAAUGAGGGAGGAGCCAAACCUGAACUUGCAAGUCAAGCCACAGAAGGAUCCAAGUCAAAUGAAAAUGACCUCUCAUAGGAAGUCAUUCGGUGUUGGAGAGAUGCUGAUAUCAAAAACUUGAAGAUACAGUGACGUUCUGAAUAAUGUUACAAAACUGGUUACCUGUGUCAAAGACCCAUUUAUGCAAAAAUGUUAAAAAAAACAAAACAAAACAAAACAAAAAAAAACACCCAAAAGAAAAACCUGAUCAAACAGCACAUAAACCUCCCGCACCAUACAGACAUCCAUUGGCUUAUCAAAGGAAGAGUUCUCUACAGGAUAUUUGAAUUGAAAGGUGAAUUACCAGAGUACUUACAAGAAAACAGCCAGCUUUUGUUGAGUGCUUUGGAAAUGAAAAAUGGCUACAGAAACUAGCCUAUUUUGCAGACAUUUUUCAUCACAUGAACACAUGGACAAGUCUCUGAAAGGUUCAGGAGAAAAUUUUUUUUCUUAAAGUGACAAGAGUCUUAGAUCUAAAAGGAAACUGACUUGCCACCUUGCCAGAAGAAUCCUUGAAAUGUUUCUGCAGCCACUUGGACUUGAAAAUGAAGGGUACAACUCUCAAAUCUUCUCUAACCCAACUGGAGGAACCACAAGACCCAAUGAAAUAGCAUUUUCUCUCCUUUUCCCAGCACUAGUAUAUAACUGUAUGAGGAACCCUUGUCUAUGAAUCUGCUCAGCUUGAAAUUUUGUCUCUGAAAGAAGAGAGUGAACUCAGCCCUAGUCUGACAGUCCUAAAUUUCUGUGAAAUAAGAGUAUUCUUCAAGUUAAUGCUCACACUCAUAUACCAUGAGAGUUCUCUGCAGGGGUUUCCUGAAUUUGAAAGUUUUUUCAAGGCCUAUUUUUGGGUAAAACAAUUGAAAAGGCAGACACCAACAAAGUCUGCAAAGUAAACUGUCCAGAUUAAGAAUAUUAAGAAGCUGUAAAGUUAGCUUGUAGAAAUGGGCAUAUCCUUAAGUUUUAAAGUUAGGAAUUGCUAAAAAUGUUAGGGUUCCUGCACAAGUGGCUAUGUUUAUUUAAUGGCUAGUGAACAUGGGAAUAUAUUUUUAUCCUAGCUAGUGGUUCUAUUUGGCAAACUAGACUAGAAUGAUUUGAGAGGGGUAAAGAGAAUAGGCAGGACCUUCCUUCUGUAGCUUUACAUAUUUCAAAUGUUAAUUCUUAAUGAUAUUGAAGUUACUUUGAAAUGAUUGAUAAGAGGAUUAUUAAUAUCAUUUAGGGGAAUAGGGAGGAUAGGAUUUUGGUGCCUUCUUCAGCAGACUUGCUCCAAGACAAAGAUUCUAUUUUGAUAGUGCAAGACAAAAGGACUCGGAAAAAAACUGGCCAUAUGCCUACAGAACAUACAACUCUGUGGAACUAAAUUGUUUUUACUUUGUGAAAGCUGCUACUUUACGGAAAGACUUUGAUUUUAUAGUUUUGUUUUUAAUUGCCUUUUAUAUUUAUUUGUAUUUGGUAAGACUCAGUUGUUUAAUACAAACUAUUCUUUCCCAGUUACAAAAUCCUGUGUUCGGUUGUAACCUGAACUCAUUAAAAUAGUUGUUUUCAGGUUUAUCAACUGUUUAUUUUCACUGACAUUUGAGCAUGUUAUUUUAUAAAUGACAAGAUUCCAGAGUAGGAAGUAAGUGCUUUUUAUUCCCCUUUUGUUUUUUCUUUUAAAAAAUUACGUCAGUUAAAAAAAAAAAAAAAA